GAUCUCACAAGUCCAAACUCCAAUCCAAUCUCUGACUGCUACGAUUAGAUCCCAAAAUUAUAACUCGCGCUUCCACCGAGUCAACUCGCCGCCAUUGACGAUCCACCGUGAGCUCCACAAACUGGUUCCAGUAGGACCAAGAUCAUAGGCGAAUCCAGAGGCCUCCUCCUCCCCCUUCCUCUGAGCCACUCACUGAGUCGCAGCAACUCGUCUUUAACUCGGGAAUGGCUUCUUCGGAAGCCGAUUCCCGGCUCAGCCAGGUCCUGGUCCCCGCGCUCGAGAAGAUCAUCAAGAACGCCUCGUGGCGGAAGCACGCCAAGCUCGCUCACGAGUGUAAAUCCGUCAUCGAAACCCUAACCUCGCCGCAGAAGGAGCUCCAAUCGCCGCCUUCCGAUGAUGCCGCCGCCGGAGAGCCUGAGGCCUCCGUCCCUGGCCCGCUCCACGCUGGAGAUACUGUUGAGUACUCUCUGGCUGAGUCCGAAUCGAUCCUCUCCCCUCUCAUCAACGCCGCCGGCUCCGGCGUCUUGAAGAUCGCCGAUCCCGCCGUCGACGCUGUCCAGAAGCUCAUCGCUCUCGGCUACCUCCGCGGCGAAGCGGAUGCCGCCGGUGGCUUGCCGGAGGCGAAGCUUCUAGCGAGCCUGAUUGAAUCAGUGUGCAAGUGCCACGACCUGGGCGACGACGCCAUUGAACUCCUCGUGCUGAAGACGCUACUUUCGGCGGUAACUUCGAUUUCGCUGAGAAUUCACGGUGAUUGCUUGCUCUUGAUUGUGAGGACUUGUUAUGAUAUUUAUCUUGGUAGCAAGAAUGUGGUGAAUCAAACGACGGCAAAAGCGUCGUUGAUUCAGAUGUUAGUGAUUGUGUUCAGGAGGAUGGAGGCUGAUUCAUCCACGGUUCCGAUUCAGCCCAUUGUGGUGGCUGAAUUGAUGGAACCUGUGGAAAAAUCUGAUGUAGAUAGCUCCACACAGUUUGUACAGGGUUUUAUCACAAAAAUUAUGCAGGACAUUGAUGGGGUUUUCAACCCAGCUACAACGCCGAGUAAGUUGUCCGCGUUGAGUGGCCAUGAUGGCGCGUUUCAGACCACCGCCACGGUGGAGACAACGAAUCCAGCGGAUUUGUUGGAUUCCACUGAUAAGGAUAUGUUGGAUGCUAAGUAUUGGGAGAUCAGUAUGUAUAAGACAGCUUUGGAGGGGAGGAAAGGGGAGCUGGUGGAUGGGGAACUGGUAGAGAGGGAUGAUGAUUUGGAGAUUCAGAUUGGAAAUAAGCUGAGGAGAGAUGCUUUUUUGGUAUUCAGGGCACUUUGUAAAUUGUCCAUGAAGACACCGCCUAAGGAGGCCUCUGCUGAUCCCCAGUUGAUGAAGGGGAAGAUUGUGGCUCUGGAGUUGCUGAAGAUUUUACUGGAGAAUGCUGGAGCUGUCUUCAGGACCAGUGAGAGGUUCUUGGGUGCCAUCAAGCAGUACUUGUGCUUAUCAUUGUUGAAGAAUAGUGCUUCAACUCUUAUAAUUGUAUUUCAGCUAUCAUGCUCCAUCUUCAUCAGUCUGGUAUCAAGAUUUAGAGCUGGAUUGAAAGCAGAAAUUGGAGUUUUUUUCCCAAUGAUUGUUCUCAGGGUUCUAGAAAAUGUUGCGCAACCUAAUUUUCAGCAAAAGAUGAUAGUGCUUCGUUUUCUAGAGAAACUUUGUGCUGAUUCACAGAUAUUGGUAGACAUUUUUAUAAAUUAUGACUGUGAUGUCAAUUCAUCAAACAUAUUUGAGAGGAUGGUCAAUGGACUUCUCAAAACCGCCCAAGGUGUCCCUCCUGGUGUGACAACCACACUUUUGCCACCUCAAGAGGCAACUCUAAAACUGGAAGCCAUGAAAUGCUUGGUUGCUGUUUUAAAAUCGAUGGGAGACUGGAUGAACAGACAAUUGCGCAUUCCAGACCCUCAUUCAGGGAAGAAAGUAGAAGCAGUUGAUAAUGGCCAUGAAGUUGGAGGUCUUCCCGUGGUAAAUGGGAAUGGAGAAGAGUCAGUUGAAGGAUCGGAAACUCAUUCUGAAAUCUCCAAUGAAGCAUCUGAUGUUUCAUCUAUUGAACAACGCCGGGCUUAUAAACUAGAACUUCAGGAAGGUAUAUCACUUUUCAAUAGAAAGCCAAAGAAAGGAAUUGACUUCCUCAUCAAAGCCAACAAAGUGGGUAAUUCACCAGAGGAUAUAGCUGCUUUUCUUAAAGAUGCAUCUGGGUUGGACAAGACUUUAAUUGGUGAUUAUCUGGGAGAAAGGGAAGAAUUAUCCUUGAAGGUAAUGCAUGCCUAUGUGGACUCUUUUGAAUUUCAAGGGAUUGAAUUUGAUGAGGCUAUCAGGACCUUUCUCCAAGGCUUUAGACUGCCUGGUGAGGCGCAGAAAAUUGAUCGAAUCAUGGAAAAAUUUGCUGAACGUUAUUGCAAAUGCAAUCCAAAAGUCUUUUCUAGUGCUGAUACAGCAUAUGUUCUUGCCUAUUCUGUAAUAAUGCUGAAUACUGAUGCUCACAAUCCUAUGGUGAAGAAUAAGAUGUCUGUUGAUGAUUUCAUAAAAAACAAUCGUGGCAUAGAUGAUGGAAAAGAUAUGCCAGAGGAAUACCUGAAGUCAUUGUUUGAGAGAAUAUCUAGAAAUGAGAUCAAAAUGAAAGAUGUUAAUCUGGAACCCCAACAAAGACAGGCUGUGAACCCUAACAGGAUCUUAGGCUUGGAUAGUAUAUUGAAUAUUGUGAUUCGUAAGCGUGGCGAAGACGGUCAUAUGGAAACCAGUGAUGAUCUAAUCCGGCGUAUGCAAGAACAAUUCAAAGAAAAAGCUCGCAAAACAGAGUCAGUCUAUUAUGCAGCAACUGAUGUUGUAAUCCUUAGAUUCAUGAUUGAGGUGUGUUGGGCACCAAUGUUAGCUGCUUUCAGCGUUCCUCUAGACCAAAGUGAUGAUGAAGUUGUAAUAGCUCUGUGUCUUGAAGGCUUCCGCUAUGCUAUUCAUGUUACUUCUGUAAUGUCCAUGAAGACACAUAGAGAUGCCUUUUUGACUUCAUUAGCAAAGUUUACCUCCCUCCACUCUCCUGCUUAUAUCAAGCAGAAAAAUGUAGAUGCAAUCAAGGCAAUAGUUACUAUUGCUGAUGAGGAUGGGAAUUACUUACAAGAAGCUUGGGAGCAUAUCUUGACUUGUGUUUCCCGAUUUGAGCAUCUACAUCUUCUCGGAGAGGGGGCUCCACCAGAUGCCACGUUUUUUGCUUUUCCUCAGAAUGAUUCUGAAAAAGCAAAGCAAACAAAAUCAACUAUUCUUCCAGUUCUGAAGAAGAAAGGACCUGCAAGGAUGCAGUAUGCCGCUGCCACGGUGAUGCGUGGUACAUAUGAUAGUAGCGGAAUUGGCAGUAAUGCUUCUGGAGCCGUCACCUCAGAACAGGUGAACAAUCUGGUCUCUAAUUUGAAUAUGUUGGAACAAGUUGGAAGCUCAGAAAUGAAUCGCAUAUUCACUCGGAGUCAGAAGUUGAACAGCGAGGCCAUAAUAGAUUUUGUUAAGGCUUUAUGCAAGGUCUCCAUGGAAGAAUUGAGAUCUCCAUCCGAUCCACGGGUGUUCAGCCUUACGAAGAUAGUUGAGAUUGCGCACUAUAAUAUGAACCGUAUCAGGCUUGUGUGGUCAAGCAUCUGGCAUGUUCUUUCAGAUUUCUUUGUAACCAUUGGUUGUUCAGGAAACCUUUCAAUCGCAAUUUUCGCAAUGGAUUCCUUGCGUCAGUUGUCAAUGAAAUUUCUUGAGCGGGAAGAGUUGGCUAAUUAUAAUUUUCAAAAUGAAUUUAUGAAGCCUUUCGUCAUUGUUAUGCGAAAGAGUAGUGCUGUAGAAAUUAGAGAACUUAUUAUCAGAUGUGUCUCUCAAAUGGUCUUAUCUCGUGUCAACAAUGUCAAGUCAGGAUGGAAGAGCAUGUUCAUGGUAUUCACAACAGCAGCAUAUGAUGAGCACAAAAACAUUGUACUCUUGGCUUUUGAGAUUAUUGAGAAGAUUAUUCGAGAUUACUUUCCACACAUCACUGAGACUGAAACAACUACCUUUACAGAUUGUGUGAAUUGUCUAAUUGCAUUCACCAAUAGUAGAUUUAACAAAGAGAUUAGCCUAAAUGCCAUUGCUUUCCUUCGAUUUUGUGCAACAAAACUGGCAGAAGGAGACCUUGGCUCUUCAUCAAGGAAUAAGGACAAGGAAACUUCUGGAAAGAUUUCUGCACCUUCACCUCGAACAGGAAAAGAGGGGAAACAAGAUAAUGGAGAAGUGUCAGACAAGGAUGAUCAUCUCUAUUUCUGGUUUCCUUUGUUGGCUGGUUUGUCUGAGCUAAGCUUUGACCCAAGGUCUGAGAUAAGGCAGAGCGCUUUGCAAGUCCUAUUUGAAACCUUACGCAACCAUGGCCACCUCUUUUCACUGCCUUUAUGGGAACGAGUUUUUGAAUCAGUCUUAUUUCCAAUAUUUGAUUAUGUUCGUCAUGCUAUUGAUCCUUCAGGGAGUAGCUCCCCGGUCAAUGAAGUAGAAACUGAUGGUGAGCUUGACCAAGAUGCAUGGCUUUACGAGACAUGCACAUUAGCUCUCCAAUUAGUGGUUGAUCUUUUUGUCAACUUCUAUAAUACUGUUAAUCCACUUUUAAGAAAGGUGUUGAUGCUCCUUGUAAGCUUUAUAAAGCGCCCUCAUCAAAGUCUGGCUGGCAUUGGUAUUGCUGCAUUUGUUCGAUUGAUGAGUAAUGCUGGGGAGCUGUUUUCUGAUGAAAAGUGGUUAGAAGUGGUUUUGUCACUAAAAGAUGCAGCGAAUGCAACACUCCCUAACUUUUCAUUCCUUGACAGUGGAGACUUUGUGACUAGAAAUCAUGAACAGACUUCAACAGAUGAAGAUGAGAAUGAUCCUGCUAAGUCUGACUCACCUGAUAAUUUAGAAAGCCUGAGGAAUCGUCAUCUUUUUGCAUUUUUAUCUGAUGCAAAAUGCCGAGCUGCUGUCCAGCUUUUAUUGAUUCAGGCGGUGACGGAGAUCUACAACAUGUACCGUUUUCAACUUUCAGCAAAAGCCAUGCUAGUCCUGUUUGAUGCUUUGCAUGAUGUGGCAUUACAUGCUCACAAGAUUAACAGCAAUACUAUUUUACGUUUCAAGUUACAAGAGUUUGGCUCCAUGACCCAAAUGCAAGACCCUCCAUUGUUGCGCCUUGAGAAUGAGUCCUACCAAAUAUGCCUCACAUUUUUACAGAACCUCAUUGUGGAUAAACCUCCUUGUUUUGAGGAGGCUGAGGUUGAGACUCAACUAGUUCGUCUUUGUCACGAGGUAUUGGAGUUUUACAUUGAAGUUGCAGGUUUUCGACAAGCAUCUGAAUCUUCUCUUGGUAGACGCCAACAUUGGUUUAUUCCUCUAGGCUCUGGGAAGCGGAGAGAAUUGGCUGCGCGUGCACCACUUGUUGUGGCUACUCUCCAGGCUAUUAAUCAUUUGGGAGAAAUUUCUUUUGAGAAGAACCUGCCACAUCUUUUCCCUCUCCUCUCAAGCUUGAUAAGUUGUGAACAUGGGUCAACUGAGGUCCAGGUAGCUCUCAGUGAUAUGCUAAGUUUAUCAGUUGGUCCUCUUUUGCUACGGUCAUGUUAAUCGUUUGGGUAAGAUACACCCUGCAUUUUGAGAUGCGGGUUAUUUUUUCUGAAUCUUUUUGUUCAUAUUUCUGUCCUCUCUUUUGCCUUGGAUUACUUCACAGAAAAACAGUUUCAUAGUGGAUCAAAAAAUUGUAGUGAUUGUUGUGUUCAGAUAUAGCUUCAAUUUCUACAUUUUAGAAGCCUAGCUUUUCCAAUCAGAAUUCAUAUGUAUUACCAGGAGGAUUGGUCUUGUAUGCUUAACUUUCCCCAUUUUUGAAAAGAAUGAAUUUUUUAUCAA